UGAGGGUGGCCAGUAAUCUAAUCAGAUAAAUUGGUCAGGUCCGUGUUGGUUUCGCCUGUUGCUUAAAGGACCAAUGGGCAAAUUUCAGUUUAUUAGAAGGCUUAUAUGAAAUGAGUCACAGUGCACAAAACAAGUAACAGCGGCAAAAAAUAGUUUUAAAGCGCCCUCUGCUGACCGGAAGCGUACGGUUACUUUUGCACCAGCCACUGACUGAAGUUGUGAGCCCCGUGGACUCUACUGGGGAUUUCAGUAGGUGUGGGUAAAAAUGUUACCCCUAUCAAUUAAGGAUGACGAAUAUAAGCCUACUAAAUUUAACCUCGUCGCCAAGAUUUCGGGAUGGUUUAGAUCAAUUCUCGCGGACAAAACCUCUCGGAAUUUGUUCUUCUUUCUCUGUCUGAAUCUGUCCUUUGCCUUUGUGGAGCUGCUCUUCGGUAUCUGGAGUAACAGUUUAGGGCUGAUCUCGGACUCCUUUCAUAUGUUCUUUGACUGCACGGCUCUCCUGGCGGGACUAGCAGCAUCAGUCAUCUCACGGUGGAGGGCCAACGACUCCUUCUCUUACGGCUACGUGAGAGCAGAGGUGCUUGCAGGGUUUGUCAACGGCCUCUUCCUCAUUUUCACCGCCUUCUUCAUCUUCUCUGAGGGAGUAGAGCGUUUUCUGGAGCCUCCUGACGUCCAUCACGAGCGCCUGCUCCCCGUCUCCAUCGCCGGGCUGCUGGUCAACCUGGUGGGCAUCUUCGUGUUCCAGCACGGGGGCCACGGACACUCGCACGGGGGAGAGGGAGAGGGUCAUGGCCACAGCCACUCCCUCAUCAACGGUAGCGUUGGUCAAGCCCACAGUCAGGAUGGCCAUGGACACAGUCACAGCGAACAUGGGCAUGGGCACGACCACGGACACGGGCAUGGGCAUGACCACGGGCAUGACCACGGGCAUGGACACUCCCAUGAAGACCAGUGCCAUGACAACCACAGUCCUAACUCGGGAAAAGUCGCCAACAAACAGAUACUGGAAGGAAUCUUCCUCCAUAUCGUGGCGGAUACGCUGGGCAGCAUCGGCGUGAUCAUCUCUGCAAUCCUCAUGCAGAAGUACGACCUGAUGAUCGCUGACCCCGUCUGCUCCAUGCUCAUCGCCUUACUCAUCGGAGUCAGUGUGAUUCCUCUGCUGAAGCAGUCCAUAGGCAUUCUCAUGCAGCGCACCCCCUCCUCCCUGGACAACGCCCUCCCAGAGUGCUACCAGCGGGUGCAACAGCUGCAGGGUGUGUAUAACCUGCAGGAGCCCCAUUUCUGGACACUGUGUACGGAUGUCUACAUCGGAACUCUAAAACUGUUGGUGGCACCUGACGCCGACGCAAGAUGGAUCCUCAGCCAAACACACAAUAUCUUCACACAGGCUGGCGUGAGUCAGCUCUAUGUCCAGAUUGAGGUUGCAGCCAUGUAGAGGUCAGCUGUGCUCCUUCAUGGGAGUGAAGGGACCAAAGCCCCCACUGCUCUGUGUGUGGGGUGGGGUGGGGUGGGGGGGGGGGGGACAGGGGCACAUUCACCCACCCCCCCUGCCCAAUCUCGCUUUUCUCUUGAGGCCCUCCAGGACCACGCCCCUGCGCCCCCGCCCCCGCCCAGGAGACGUGUGGACAGGAACUUUCUCUCUGGCCUCAUUUUACUCUAACCCCCCCGGCCCCCCCUGAUGGUUUCAUGCUCCUCUGGUUUUAUAGUAUCCUGUUUUUCUUAUUUUUAUUUGGAUUCUUGGUUGUACCAAUGGAGUGUUUAUUUGAUCAAUGUGUAAUCAGUGUGUGUGUGUGUGAGGUGAGAGUGUGAGUGUGAGUGUGUGUGUGUGUGUGUCAGUGGACAGUCUGUAAUUUUGUUUUCUGCCCUCCGUUGCACCAGUGUGGAGCAGCAGGUGUGUGUGUGUGCGCGUGCGUGCGUGCGUGCGUGCG